AAAUAGAUUUCAAGUCCGGGUUUUUCCCUUGCAUUCCCCCUCGCUGCCCUUACCUGACUCUGGUCGGUUUCGCUCCUUUCUCCCGUCGCUCGGUGUUUCAAGUUGAUUUUUUGUCACUAUCGCAUGAGAAAUAUCUCUCUUGCGCUUCAAAAUCUCGUUUGAAUCUUCGCUUCGGAGCUGUAUAGGUUAUUGGAGUUUCUACCAAGAGGAAUGUAGAGGGAGAUCGAUAACAUUUCGGCCAUGCUCGAUCACAGCUUUUCUUCCUGAAGAGUCGUCAUCCCUUUCCUCGGCUAUUUUGGCGUUCGGGGUGAAUCCUGGGGUGCAUUCUGUCGGAGUGAACAUCUGGUUGGUGGAACCAGGCUAUGGACUACGGACUUUCCGACAGCAGUGGAACCGAUGAUGAUUUGCCUCCAUCACAUCAGAACAGGGUUCAUAGAGGGGGUCGUGUUGCGGGGAAUGGGAGGUCUACUGUUGUUGGUUCUGUCCCUUACCCUAGAAUUCAUAGUGACAUGGAGACACAGAUCCACCAACUUGAGCAAGAAGCAUACAGUUCGGUCCUACGGGCUUUUAAAGCUCAGUCUGAUGCCAUUACUUGGGAGAAGGAAAGUUUAAUAACAGAACUUAGAAAAGAGCUGAGGGUAUCAGAUGAGGAACACAGAGAGCUUUUAGGCAGGGUAAAUGCAGAUGAUAUCAUCAGGAGGAUAAGGGAGUGGAGAAAAUCAGGUGGACACCAAACUGGCUUGCUCAGUAAUGCUCAACCUGUUCAUGAUUCGAUACCCAGUCCGUCUGUGUCAGCAUCUCGCAAGAAACAAAAGACAUCACAGUCUGUACCUUCUCUAUCAUUGGGUGCGCCAUCCCCAUCUUUGCAUCCUCAGACAGUAGCUGGGUCGAUGCAGCCAUCAUCAUCUGCUGCAAAACGAGGAGCUGCGGUAGGAGCUAGGGGCAAGAAGCCUAAAUCAGGUCAGACAAUGCCUGGUGUAUCGUCAAUGAAGUCCAUGCAGUACCCCUCUACAGGCCCAACUGGGAGGGGCCAAGUUCCUAAUCGUGUUUCCUCUGGUGCCCUGGUUACAAAUGAACCAGCUGAAGCAGCAGCAUUUGAUCCAUUGAUUGGGCGGAGAGUGAAGACAAGAUGGCCUGAAGAUAACAACUUCUAUGAAGCUGUCAUAACCGAUUACAACCCUGUUGAAGGACGGCAUGCUCUAGUCUAUGAUAUAAAUACACCAGAUGAGACGUGGGAAUGGGUUAACCUCAAAGAGAUCUCAGCGGAGGAUAUUCGAUGGGAAGGUGAGGAUCCAGGAAUCUCUCGUCGAGUGGGCCGUGGUGGACCAGGCCGUGGGGUUAAGAAGUCCAUUGGUCGUGGUGGUGCUCUUCCAGGUGCAGGAAGAGGGAGAGGGACUGCAAAGGGUCAGUCCAAGAAAGACUUCCCACCUUCUCAGAAUGGAAUUGGGAAGAAAGCUUCAGAUGAUAUUGAAAUACUCCACACGGAUACUCUAAUUAAGGAGGUGGAGAGGGUUUUUAAUGCUAGUCAUCCUGAUCCUCAUGAGAUGGAGAAGGCUAAAAAACUGCUAAAAGAGCAUGAACAGUCACUUAUUGAUGCAAUCGCAAGACUGGCAGACGCAUCGGAUGGAGAAAGUGAUGAUGGUGAACACUUUGGGCAUGAGCAAUCAAUGGACAGAGAGCGAGGGUGGAGAAACAGGCCAUAUGGUGGUAAACAGCACACAACAGAUUUUGAUGAUGAGAUGGGCAGGGCAGGCAGAGAUGAUGGUUCAGAUGGUGAUAGAAUGGCCGGUGAAGGUAGAGUUGCUUCAGAUGAUCGCCACGACGGGGAUGAUGGUGAAGAUGACGUCUAAUUUUUAGUGGAAUUGACACCUUGGGUCUCUACAUCCACUGUAUAAUGCCAAAGUUAAUGUUUUUUUUAUAUCCAACCCAUGCGGAAAAACCUCUCCAGUCAGUAGCAAAAAAUGUGAUGGGUUGAGAUCUCAUUUAUCCAGUGGAAAGUCAGUCACCAGCAAAGCUGGGAUGCCAUGUAAAAUUAUUUGAGCAGCGAAUAACCUGCGACUCUGUAGCC